GUCUUGCAUAAUUUAUCAGGGAAGCUGUAAUCUAUCCACCCGCGUGUCCGCGCGUAUGGCUUUGUGUACAGUCCACGAUCAUGCCGUGAAUCCAGAAUCCGAGGGAUUUUUGCGCCUCGGAUGCCGUCGGAGCUUCACGUCCCGGAGCCCGGAGCAGCUGGCGGAAGAUGUCGGGACGAGGCGCCGCCUGCAGUUGACGCCUCGACCCGAGGAACGGGGGCUUCUCAGCCACGUUGGGCUGCGCUGUCUGGGACCCACGUCCCCCGCGGAUGUCCCUGACGAAUUCCAGCGUCUUUCUGCUCAACGAGGGUUCAGCCGAUUCCUACACUAGUCGCCCCUCUGAUUCCGACCUGUCCCUGGAGGAGGACCAGGAGGCGUCUCGGCGUGAAGCCGAGCGCCAGGCUCAGCUACAGCUGGAGAGAGCCAAGUCCAAACCAGUAGCGUUCGCAGUAAAAACCAACGUGAGUUACUGUGGAGCCCUCGAUGAAGAUUGUCCCGUCCAAGGUGCUGCUAUUAACUUUGAAACCAAAGAAUUCCUGCACAUUAAAGAGAAGUACAACAAUGACUGGUGGAUCGGGCGGCAGGUGAAGGAAGGGGCGGACAUCACUUUCAUCCCGAGCCCCGUGAAGCUGGAGGCCAUGCGGAUCAAGCAGGAGCAGAAGGCGGCGGCGAGGAAAGGAGGCAACGCGUCGUCGGGAGGCUGGAGGUCCACCCCACCAUCUGCAGCCAAGCAGAAGCAGAAACAGACCGAGCACGUUCCCCCGUACGACGUGGUCCCUUCCAUGCGGCCCGUGGUUCUGGUGGGCCCUUCGCUGAAAGGAUAUGAGGUAACAGACAUGAUGCAGAAAGCCUUGUUCGACUUCCUGAAGCACAGAUUCGACGGCAGGAUCACUAUCACGCGCGUGACUGCUGAUCUGUCGCUGGCGAAGCGGUCGGUGCUGAACAAAAAGGCCAUAAUGGAGAGAUCCAACACGCGCUCCAGUCUGGCCGAGGUCCAGAGUGAGAUAGAGAGGAUCUUUGAGCUGGCCAAGUCGCUUCAGCUGGUCGUCCUGGACGCAGACACCAUCAACCACCCAGCGCAGCUCCUCAAAACCUCCCUGGCGCCCAUCGUGGUCUACGUCAAAGUGUCCUCGCCCAAAGUGCUGCAGCGGCUCAUCAAGUCCCGGGGGAAGUCGCAGAGCAAACACCUCAACGUGCAGAUGAUGGCGGGAGACAAGCUGGCCCAGUGCCCCCCCGAGAUGUUCGACGUCAUCCUGGACGAGAACCAGCUGGACGACGCGUGCGAGCACCUGGGCGAGUACCUGGACGCGUACUGGCGAGCGACGCACCUCCCGUGUUCCGCCCCCGUGAACCCGGGCCUGGACCAGAGCGUGGUCACGCCGCCGUCGGCUAACUCCAGCCAACAGUUUUCGGAGACGCAGGAGCUGAUAGAAUGAUCGCCGCCACAGACGCGGGAGCAGCCGCUGCUGACGGGGGUCAGACUGGGACGUCGUGGGGGCGCCACCAGGGGGCAGCAGCCCCCAUCUCCGUCCACGGCCACGCCCGGGGUGAGGAGGAGAGCACGAGCUGGGGGAGAGACGCGGGGGAGGCUGGAGAGCUGCACCACACCCCCGCCCCCACCCCCCCCUCGGCCCGAGCCCCACGCUCCCACCGCCGCGCGACAACUCAGGGCCGCUUUCUGCAGCUGCAGGCGCGCUGGUGACGAACCGGCGAAGCAGUGCAGCCGCCGCGCACGCCCUCCCCCCCACCCACCCCUCCUCCCACCCCAUCCCCAGCUCUCUGCUCGCACCCUGGGAGUCACGUACGUCCCUGACCCGGCGCAGCCCCUCUGUGUUCAGACACCCAGACAGGCUGGUACGCCUUAGAGCAUGUUAGCACACAGUAGUCUAGUGUAAAACCUGAACUUUCCCAGUCCAGGGUCCCUGGUGUUCGUCUCCAUAAACCCAGCUUCCCCGUUCCAAAGACAGCAGAGUCCCAGUAGACAAACGCUGUGUCUUCCAUCUCUUCCAUCGCCGUCGUUCCACUUGUAAAAAUCUGUCUGGGAGAGACACCCAAAGAUGAAAUUCACCUCCUUUAUCGCUUUUUCUUCCUCUUCUUGUUAUUCCUGUAGCAUUUUAAAGUCAUUCUUUCUAUUCAGCACAAAGUACCUUUCUGUGCUACUCUCUGUCAUCCAUAUAUUUGAUCCCAGUGUAGCAGGUCACAUAUCCGUAGGCAGCAGUGAACCCACGUGGGACAAGCACACAGUUGCACGUCCACCGUUAAUAUGCGCUAUAUUCUGUCAUAGCUGUGAAUGUAGAAAGGCUUUUACAAAGACUGGAUUUUCUGCAGGGGGUUGGAGACCUAAGUCCCAGAGGUCAACUACAAGGAAAAUAUAAGUACUCACCUAAAGUACUGUAUGAUUACAUAUGAUGCAAUUUGCUUUACUCACCUAUACAAACUGUGGUUUCAUCACAUAUCAAUAUAUCUAAACCCCACUGUCAGCUUUCACAGCACACCUGAUGCCUGUGAACAGCUCCUCGUCACAUUAGUAAAACCGAAAGCUGGAAUGACUCUUUAUUCACACUAGCUGUGAAGCUGACGGGCUAAAAUGAAGUCACUUGCGUCGUUCCUCCAUUGUGUUAGACUUAGACUUAGACUUAAGAGAGUAGGCUCCGUCAAUUAUUCAAUUAUCUCUGGCAUAAAAAAGCUGCGAGAGGGCGACCUCUGGUGGGGUAUUUGUGUUAUAGCAGGCCUCACGCCCAGAGCGGCCCAUUGCAAGCAAAUAUGACACACAUUAAAGACGCAGCCACAUAAAUUAACGACAUGUAUGAAUUCAACUUAACUGUGUUGGCUCCUGUUUCCAACAGCUUCAUCUAAACUGUGCAUAACCACCAAUUGUCUCUAAUGUUUAUUUAACCAAUGUCAUUUCAUGUUUCACACAUAAAAACGUUUUUUGGCGUUUGCUAUUAUCAUAUUUAUAUCUAUAGAAUUCAGCGAACGCAGCAUCUAUGUAAAUACCAUAAUGUAUGUGCAUGACAUAUUCCUGUUUGAUCACUGAUCAGAGCAAAGCGACGUGCCCUACAUAACCACUCCUCUGAAUGCAUUAUCCGAGCUAAUAUGUACAUACUGUAUAUUCAAUAUGCAAAAAUUAUUAUUAUCAAAUUUCACAGGCAUAACAAAUGCUGACAGUGUGUGUGUGUGUGUGUGUGUGUGUGUGUUGGGUUACUGCACACAGAACGCAUGUGUUCUUGUUUCUUUGAGUGAUGAGGGGUUCAGACCCAUCCUGCUGUAGCCAUUGCUUCCUCUGACACACACACACACACACACACACACACACACACACACACACACACACACACACACACACACACACACACACACAUUCACUUCUGAAGGACCAGGUUUGAGAAACACAGCACAGAACCUUUAUUCAACCAAAACGGAUGUGUAUCAGCGCCUCCUGGUUCAGUCCAUUCGUAUUGCAGGAAAUUUCUACAAAGGUGAAUUAUUAUUAUCCUUUUGAUGUCCAAAGCACAAUUUUUUACAAUUAUGAUUUCUUAUUGCGUUACACUUGCCUACAGUCUGGAUGCAAUACAAAGUCUGACAUGGAUGAGACACUAGCUGAGACUAUCAAGAGAUCUCCUCACUUAUGAUGGGGUUUAAUUGCACUACUGUUGUUUAUAUAUGUCUGCUUUAUGAUGCAAUAAAUGCACUGAACGUCACACCUCCAACAAACUAACUGACUGGUCUAAUGAUGAUGUCAACAUUCCCCGUGGUUUCUGCUAAAACAAUUAGAUAAACGAUAUCCACCGGUGUCCGAUGAUGAUGUGUCUUUUAUCGGGAGCACGUUUGAACGAAAGGGGUUAAUUAAUAAACAACAUUAUUAAGUAA